AUGGCCCAGGCGGACGGUUUCAUACGGAAUCAACUGCCGGAGGGCUACACGACCACGAUCGGUGGCGGCUCCAGCACCAGUUCAGUCGGCUUGAGUGGUGGUCAACGCCAGCGUCUUGUCAUUGCCCGCGCUCUCCUCAAGAAUGCGCCUAUCCUUCUUUUAUUUUUUGUACCAAUAUGCGUCCUUCCCAUACUCACGUUCGCUUUCUUUGUUUUAGGAAGAACGGUCCUUAUUGUUGCUCAUCGUCUGAGCACUAUUCGUAGAGCAGACCUGAUCUACGUCAUGCACAAGGGACGCAUUGUAGAGGUUCGUCUUUCUUUCAUCUAUCUACCUAUCUUCUUUUUCCCUGGCAACGCCCUUUUCCUCGAAGACAAGUUUGAGGCCUCUACAGGUCUGUUGAAAAUAGCUGUCGUGGUUCAUUUUGUCUCCUUCCUCACCCUGCCCCUUGUGUUGGUUCGUUACUGCUACAAAGUAUGCAUACUAGGCCUUGCGGAUAACGACGGGAUAGCCGACCGUGUGGCUUACGGUGAACUUGUGAAACUCUACUACUUUGACUACAUGAUGUUUGCGUUCAUGACCGUGCCGCACCUGUCCGGCUUCUUCCUCUACCACUUUACACCUGCCUUUGACUUUAGCCCAAGCACGUUCUCUUAUAGGGUAACUUUCUAUCUCUUCGCACUCUAUCCCACGAUCUAUCCGUUGUUUUCAAUGCACCUCCUACGAAUAUUCCGCAAUCCGCUAAGUUACUCAAAGGAUGAAACCAAGGCAGAGGAUGAAGCCGAGACAGAGGAUGAAGCCAAGAGAGAGAGCUAA